GCAGUAGAGCAUACACAAAAAGGAACAAUGACACCAACCUUAAUAUUAGAGAGUGAUUCAGUUAGAAACCAUGGUAAGUUAUUUCUUGGAGGAUUUAAAGCUGCAAUAAAUACUGAGUUUCUUAAGAAAGAGAACAUAACACAUGUGCUCAAUGUUGCUGGCAAAGGACUUGGGAUCAUGUUUGGGCCUAAAUAUAGGGAAAUUUCAAGAGAAAUGAAAAAGAAUCUAAAUAUAACUGGUCUUGAUUUGGAUUGGGAAGAUUCUAUGAAGUAUCAUAUCACAGAAGAUGAUUUUAAACAAGCUAUUUGUUUCAUUCACGAGGGGAUGAAAAGUGGAUCAGUGUUGGUACAUUGUGCCCAGGGCAAAUCUCGAUCUGGAGCUGCCGUUUCUUCGUACUUGAUGGCUACAAGGAAAAUGACAACAAUUGAGUCGAUAGAGUUUAUCCAGCAAAAAAGGAAAAUGGUGGAUCCGAACCCAAAUUUUCGGAUCCUUCUUAUUAAAUUUGAAAAAAGUGAAACUCUUCGGGCUUUGCGGGAAGAUUUCAGUAUGCAGUGAUUUAAUCUGAAUAUUUGUCAUAUUUAUGUAUCUACUCACGCUUAUAUUCAAAUAAAAAAUCUUAUAUUCUACAAGUUUUAGCUCAUAUAUUUUAUAUUGAUUAUGCAACGUAGUUUUAGUUCUUUUUGAGCAAAUUAAAGGAAAUUUUUGGUAUACAUUUAAGUAGCCGAGAUUUUUUAGAAUUAACAUAGCCAUUUCCAAUUCCAGUCUCUUGGAUUAAUUGUCAAGUUAAAAGUUCAUUCGGUAAACCGAUUCAAGACUUUAGUUCAUCAUUUUCUGUAGAUAUUUUUAUUGAUGUAAAAGAAAUUUUUUACUGUUUCGUGCUCAGAAAUGAAAAUCUUUAUUAGCUUUUUCUGAAAAGAAAGUCACACAAUUUGGCCCCUAAGGAUUAAGAUACCAUCUUUACGCUUUACCCUCCUAGUUUUUCUCUAAGUGUUCCAUUAGAGAGCAAUUACAGUCUGCAAAAACAACGAAGUGACAUGAUAACCUUAGUAUAGUACGUAGCCUGGAAGCUAUCGUUGACCAUAUCUAGCCGCUGUGCCCAAAAGCGGUAUCCAGUUUCAAUCUGCUGAAAAAGUCGGUGAGAGAUAUCCUCUAUUUGCCGAUGAAAUACCCCCAGGUAGCAAAAACAUUUUAAGGGAGGUGUCAUGCUCCCCAAGCUCCCCAUAGAUAAUUACCAACAGCUGCUAACUGAAGGGCAGUGGAACAAGUUUCUCUAGAAACACGAUCUUUUAAAGGAAAGAAGUUUUCAAAGCAUUUGGCUGACUGAAGAACACCGUCAAACAUCAAUAUGCGUUUUCUCGGGCACUGGAGAGCCUACCCUGGGUAUGUAGAGCCCUGAUUGGGGUUAACAGAAAACUAAUGAAAUUAAUUGCCGAUUAAAGGUUUGAUAUAAUCAAGCCACUUUUGAUCGAUUUUUUGAAAGUAUUGUUUAUAACGAUAAUGCAGAUAAAAUUAAUAUGCACUGAAAUCAAUUGGCAAACAAGA